AUGUCUCGAAGUCCAAUGCGAGAAGGAAACAAUAUGCGAGAUGCUCUUCCAAAUCUUCAAAUGCAAGCAAUGAUAAGAGAAAUGCAAAGAAUGUUGCGAGAAGAAUUAGAGCCAAUUCAUGAGCGUUCACAACGUGGCCGAUCUCCUCCUGAAGUAAGGCGAGGCCGAGAACCAAUUAGGCCCCGACGAAAUGCUUUCUAUGAUCACCCAGAUCAAGCAAGUGAUCAGGAGUCUAUUUUAGAAGAACGGCCGCAAGAUCGGAGAACUGAUCCAGAAUCAUACUUAGAUUGGGAGCGCAAGGUCGAUUUAAUCUUCGAAUGUCAUAACUACUCGGAGAACAAAAAGGUGAAGCUUGCCGCAAUCGAGUUUAGCGAUUAUGCUAGCAUUUGGUGGGAUCAACUUACCACCAAUCGGAGAAGAAAUGGAGAACGCCCAGUCUCUAGUUGGGCUGAAAUGAAGGCUAUAAUGCGGAGGCGUUUCAUUUCGUCCCAUUAUCAUCAGGACCUCUUUCAAAAGUUGCAAAACUUGACGCAAGGGUCCAAUAACGUGGAGGAUUAUUACAAGGAAAUGGAGAUGGCCAUGAUAAGGGCUAACGUAGAUGAAGACCGUGAAGCCACCAUGGCAAGGUUCUUGGUGGAACGUCAACUAAGACGAAAAGGCCCGAUGCGAAGUAAUCCUAUUUCCCAUUCCACGAACAAAUGGGGCCAAAACACCUUUAAAAAGGAUCCAACCCCACGAUCCAAAGAAGUGUCUACUUCAAACAAGCCCACUCCACCCGUUGGUGAUUCGAGCAAAGGCAAGGCUGUGGAGUCCAACCAAAAUCGAGCUCGCGAUGUCAAGUGCUUUAAGUGCUUGGGACGAGGGCACUUUGCAAACCAAUGCCCCAAUCGGAGAACUAUGUUACUUCUUGAGAAUGGAGAAGUCGAAUCUGAAACUGAUUCGGAAGAUGUUUCCAAAAAUGAUGUUGUUGAAGAGGAGGACGAGGAAAAUUUAGAAUAUGCUGUUGAGGGAGAGGCCCUUGUUGUCAAACGGAGCCUCAAUACACAAACCAUUCCGGAGGAACUCCAAAGAGAAAACAUCUUCCACACUAGAUGCCAUAUUUACAACAAGGUUUGUAGUGUGAUAAUAGAUGGCGGGAGUUGUACAAAUGUUGCGAGCACGUUGUUGAUUGAGAAACUUCAGCUUGCCACCACAAAGCAUCCAAAGCCGUACAAACUUCAAUGGCUCAACGAUGGUGGCGAGAUUAAGGUGACCAAACAAGUAACACUUACCUUUUCGAUCGGAAAGUAUAUCGAUAAAGUUCUAUGUGAUGUGGUUCCGAUGCACGCAAGUCACCUACUUUUGGGAAGGCCAUGGCAAUUUGAUAGGCGAGUUACUCAUGACGGAUAUACGAAUCGGUACUCUUUCCGGUUCCAAGGGAGAAACAUCACUUUGGCACCCCUUACGCCAAAACAAAAAUUCGAGGACGUGUUUCCCGAAGAAAUGCCUAGUGGGUUGCCACCCAUUCGAGGCAUUGAGCACCAAAUUGACUUCAUACCGGGAGCCACUUUGCCUAACCGACCAGCAUACCAAAGUAACCCUGAAGAAAUGAAGGAGUUACAGAAACAUGUAAAAGAAUUGAUGGAAAAAGGAUUUGUUAGGGAAAGUUUGAGUCCAUGCGAUGUUCCUGUACUUUUGGUUCCAAAGAAGGAUGGAACUUGGAGAAUAUGUGUAGAUUGCCGUGCAAUUAACCAAAUUACUGUCAAUGGCUACCAUCAAAUAAGGAUACGAGAAGGUGACGAAUGGAAAACGGCUUUCAAAACCAAGCAAGGAUAUGUUGUAAGUGCUGCAGGUUUGCACGUCGAUCCUGAAAAGAUCCGUGCAAUUAAGGAAUGGCCACACCCGACGAAUGGUAAGGAGCAAGAACAAUCAUUUAAUUUGAUUAAAGAAGCUUUGACUAAUGCACCUGUUUUAUCUUUGCCUAACUUUGCUAAAACUUUUGAGUUAGAGUGUGAUGCUUCAGGUGUAGGCAUAGGUGCUGUUUUGACCCAAGAUGGUAAGCCCAUUGCUUAUUUUAGCGAGAAACUAAAUGGGCCUACAUUGAAUUAUCCCGUGUAUGAUAAGGAGAUGUAUGCGCUUAUAAGGGCUUUAGAGACGUGGCAGCACUAUCUUUGGCCAAAGGAGUUUGUGAUACACACUGACCACGAAGCCUUGAAACAUUUGAAAGGUCAGCAUAAACUCAACAAAAGACACGCCAAGUGGGUUGAAUUUUUAGAAUCUUUCCCUUAUGUUAUUCGGUAUAAGAAAGGUAAGGAAAACAUUGUUGUCGAUGCUUUGUCACGAAGGUAUGCAUUAUUUGGUAUUCUUGAAUCUAAAUUACUUGGUUUUGAACAUUUAAAAGAAUUGUAUGUGAAUGAUGCUGAUUUUUGUGAAGUAUAUGUAGCUUGCGAAAAAGGAGCUUAUGACAAGUUUUAUAGACAAGAUGGAUUUUUGUUUAAGGAUAACAAGCUAUGCGUGCCCCAAGGGUCAAUGCAAGAAUUGUUGAUAAGAGAGGCGCAUUGUGGCGGCCUUAUGGGACAUUUUGGGAUAUCUAAGACCUUAAGUAUGCUUCAGGAGCAUUUUUAUUGGCCCAAAAUGAAGCAAGGUGUUGAGAAGAUCUGUGCCAAUUGUUUGGAAUGCCGAAAGGCAAAGUCCAAAGUCCAACCCUAUGGGCUUUAUGUGCCACUUCCUAUUCCCGAACAUCCUUGGGAAGACAUAUCGAUGGAUUUCGUCCUUGGUCUUCCACGAUCCAAAAGUGGCAAAGACUCAAUUUUUGUUGUAGUAGAUAGAUUUUCAAAAAUGGCACAUUUUAUUCCCUGCACUAAGACUAACGAUGCUUCUUUUGUUGCUUCUUUGUUUUUCAGGGAAGUGGUGCGUUUACAUGGAGUGCCUAAGUCUAUAGUGUCAGAUCGUGAAGCCAAAUUCUUCAGCCAUUUUUGGAGGACGUUGUGGGCUAAACUGGGCACCAAGUUGUUGUUUUGA